AUGUCUGUCAAGGCACCCUCAGUUCCUGCUGUCAAGGCAGUUCCAGUUCCCGCAGACUCGUCUGUCUGGGAUCGGAUAUCCAACUGGGCAUCCGAGAACAAGGCCGUUGUCUAUACCAUUGCCGGCGUCGCCAUCGUCGCUACCGGUGCCGGUGUUGUCUACUACGUCCAGAGCAACUCUGGAUCCUCACAGAAUGCCGAUGCCGCGCCGAGGUUGAGUAAAAAGGAGCGAAGGAAACGGAAGGAGGAGGAGAGAAAGAAGGCCGAGGCCGAGAAAUCCGCGACCUCUCCUCGCGAAGCUGGCGACUCCAAGCCACAAGUCGCGUCAGUCACCAGCGAAGACGAGAUCCCAGACAUUGAUGAGGACACUGUCCAGGCACUGAGUGCAGACCAGCGCAAGGAGUUCGCUCAAAAGCUGAAGGAGGCGGGCAACAAAGCCUAUGGCGCCAAGAACUUCGACCGGGCUAUUGAGCUGUACUCCAAGGCCAUCCUCUGCAAACCGGAUCCUGUCUACUACUCCAACCGCGCUGCAUGCCACAAUGCCAAACUUGAGUGGCAGAAGGUUGUCGACGAUACUACUGCCGCCAUUGGUCUCGACCCUGAGUACGUCAAGGCGCUCAACCGCCGCGCCAACGCCUACGACCAUCUUGGCAAAUACAGCGAGGCUCUUCUCGACUUCACAGCCAGCUGCAUCAUUGAUGGCUUCAAGAACGAGGCAAGCGCCCAGUCGGUCGAGCGCCUGCUUAAGAAAUUCGCCGAGUCCAAGGCCAAGGAGAUGAUGGAGGGUCGAGUUGCCAAGCUGCCGAGCCCCACGUUCGUUGGUAACUACCUCCAGAGCUUCAGAAUCAAGCCUCGCCCUGCUGGCUUGGAGGACUCGGUCGAGCUGUCAGAGACUACUGGAAAGGGACAGCUCCAGCUUGGUCUGCAGGCUAUGGAGAAGAAGACUGGCGAGGGUUACGAGGAGGCGGCUGCGGCGUUCGACAAGGCUCUUGAGCUCGGCGACCUCGGCGAGUAUGAAGCCUUUGCCUACAACAUGCGAGGUACCUUCCGGUGCCUCCGUGGUAAGCACGAGGAGGCUCUUGCCGACCUCAGCAAGAGCAUUGAGCUGGACCCAUCCCUUACCCAGAGCUACAUCAAGCGUGCCAGCAUGAACCUUGAGCUUGGUGCACCGGACAAGGCCGAAGAGGACUUUGAGAAGGCGCUGAAGCAGAACAGCACGGACGCCGAUAUCUACUACCACCGUGCUCAGCUUCACUUCAUCAAGGGCGAGUUCUCCGAGGCUGCCAAGGACUACCAGAAGUCGAUUGACCUCGAUCGCGACUUCAUCUUCUCUCACAUCCAGCUUGGUGUGACGCAGUACAAGAUGGGCUCCAUCGCUUCAUCGAUGGCCACCUUCCGCCGCUGCACCAAGAAUUUCGAGAAGGUUCCCGACGUUUACAACUAUUAUGGAGAGCUGCUCUUGGACCAGAGCCGGUUCCCGGAGGCCAUCGAGAGGUUCGACACUGCCAUUGAGAUGGAGGCCGCCAAGCCUAUGAGCAUGAAUGUCUUGCCUCUCAUCAACAAGGCCCUCACUCUCUUCCAGUGGAAGCAGGAUUUCGCGGAGGCGGAGAAGCUUUGCCAGAAGGCUUUGAUCAUCGACCCUGAGUGUGAUAUCGCCGUGGCUACCAUGGCUCAGCUUCUGCUCCAGCAGGGCAAGGUGACCGAGGCCCUCAGGUACUUUGAGCGCGCUGCCGAGCUUGCCAGGACGGAGGGCGAGCUUGUCAACGCCUUGUCCUAUGCCGAGGCUACGCGGACACAGAUCCACGUCCAGGAGAAGUACCCGCAGCUGGCCUCGAAGCUCUCCGGCAUGGGGGCCGUGCUCAAAUAA